AUGCCUGAACUGAAAGCUUUGGACGAUAUCGAGCAUGUCCAUGGAACGUACCAGCUCAUUGCUCAUAAUGGACACCUGCAGUACAAGAAAGGAACUUCGAUUGUGCUUGUUCCGCAACCCAAGUUGAAUGAUCCAAAUGACCCAUUGAAUUGGCCCCUGUGGAAGAGACUGGGUGCGCUGCAUUCGGUUCUUAUGUUCACCAGCUUUGUCAACUUCAGUGUCAUUGGACUCUCCCCGGGCUUUGGAUCACUUGCAGAGCAGUUCCACCUCAACAGCAACGAGCUGACAUGGUUGAUCUCUGCUCCAAACAUCGGUCAAUUCAUCGGCUGCUUUGCUUUUGCUCCUCUGGCAAAUAUAGUCGGAAGGCGCCCUAUUUGGCUGGGAUGUGCUCUGAUAUUCUUGGUGGGCAACAUCUGGGCUGCCUCGGCAAAGUCAUAUGGCUCUCUGAUGGUUGCUCGCAUUCCACUCGGCGUCAUUACCCUUCACGACCUUUUCUUCUUGCACGAAAGAGGAACACAGGCCAGCAUCCAGACUCAAUGGCUGACCCUAGGAGCAACAUUGGCUCCUGUCAUCAGUGGCUUUUUGAUCCAGGCCAAGGGAUGGCGUUGGUUCCAUUGGCUCACAGCCAUUCUAGCCGGAUUUGACCUCAUCCUCAUUUUCCUGCUCUCACCUGAGACUAGGUACCAGCGCAACUACCACGACGCCCUGGACUCAACGCAUGCACAGACAGAGGAAGAAUUUCAGGAAGACACAAAGGUUCAGGUUGAAACGGUGGGAGACAAAGAGUCUCCAGACACGCUGGCCACACACGUCAGCAGAAACGAAAUCAAACCUGCACCGUCAUGGCUCAGUUCAUUGAAGCCAUGGUCCCCUAUCAACAAGCAGGACAGCGUUCUGGCUGCGAACUCCCGGGUAUGGGCUCUCCUAAGCUUCUUCAUGGUCUCAUGGGGAGUUGUGGCCUUCGCCCUGCACGUCACCUGCUUGGUGAUUAUCACCGAGACUAUCCCUUUGUACACAGGCGCACCUCCGUACAAUUUUUCCAGCUCCGCGCAAGGUUUAACCUUCCUGUCGACUACUAUUGGCACAAUACUGGGCGCGCUGAUUUGCGGUAAGCCCAACGACUGGCUGGCCAGGUUCUGGGCAAAGCGCAACAAGGGCGUCUUCGAACCAGAAAUGCGAUUACCUUUUAUGAUUGUACCACAAGUCCUGGUGACUAUCGGCCUGGUGAUAUACGGCGUCGGUUUCCACAAUCACUACCACUGGAUUGUCCCCCUUAUCGGAGACGCCUUCAUCGGCAGCGGGAUUGCGGGGACCGGUUCUGUUCUUCAGCCUUAUUUAAUGGACAGCUAUCCGGCAGUGGUCAAUGAAUCCCUGAUCAUCUUCAAUGGAUUGAAGCAGAUCAUCGUGACUGGUGUCAGCUUCGGCGUCGGGCCUUGGCUCAACCUUGAUGGAGAUAUCACCGUGUUUUGCACCCUUGCAGCACUAGUCUUCGCAGUCGACUGUGGCUGGAUAAUUGUGUUUAUCUGGGGGAAGCAGCUCAGAAGACGAGACAGUCGUCUUAAGAUCUUUUGGUUUUAA